GUUCUCUCUCCUCAGAAACCCGCGCCUGCCAAAGCAGAGCCGAAACCUAAAAAGUUAGCGGCAAAGGAUAAAACUGAAGAGAAGAAAACUCAGUCAAAGGGGAAGAAGGGGCCUAAAGGAAAACAGGCAGAAGAGACAAACCAGGAACAGACAAAGGACAACCUGCCUGCAGAAAAUGGAGAAGCUAAAGCUGAGGAGACCCCAGCACCUACUGAUGCAGCUGCAGAGAAAGAAGUGAAGUCUGAGUGACACCUGCUCCCACAUCUGCAACUGGUGGUCCUUACACCUUUCUUCUUGUACAAUUCAGAGGAAUAUUUUUAUCAGCUAUUUUGUAAAUGCAAGUUUUUUAGUAGUUCUAGAAAACACAUUUUUAAAAAGGAGAGAAUCCCGACUCAAUCCAUUUUUUUACAUAUUUAGAUAAGUGUAAAUGCUUUUUUUAAGUGGUAAAAUCAUGUACUGGUUGUCUGUUUUCUAUGAAACCAGAAAUUAACAGUGUGUUAAUUAAGGAGGGGGCUUUGAGGCCUUGAUUAGGCCUCAUGUUCCACAGACUCCAAGGGACAGUUUUCUAUCCUAUAAAAAUGAAGCAUAACACAGAUCAGACUUUGGAAUUCAUAAUGAUGUGUUGAGAAUGUCUUAACAUUUUAGUUAUUUAUCUUUCUCUAUGGUUGUACCAUCAGUAGAAUUGCUUAUCUAUUAAAACUGCUCCCUAGUGGUGGAUUUCUUGCUGAGUGAUGUAUAUCAGUGACAAAGUUAUUUUUGGUAGUUGCAGCUUUAUUUUUUUCCAACAACUUUGUAGCUGUGAUGCAAAAGAUUGGAAACUUUUAUUUUAUAUCUUUAAAUACUGUCUUAAGUAAAAGUUUCUGCUUGGCAGAUGGAACCUGUUAUGUCAAUAUUUGAGAUACUGGAACUUCACAUUUAGUUUUAAAGGACAGCUUGUCUACAAAGAUUGAGUGAAAAAUAUUUGAAAUAGUGCUAGGAAAAAAAACCAAUUAGUUUUUAGAUGAAAAAAAAACCUGUGUGAAUAAAAACAAUUGUAAAAUUGUUGAUAGUGUUUGUGAUCACCAAACAAAAGCCAAAUAAAUCUUGAUUAUGAAAGGA